AUGGCUUUAGUGGUGGAAAAUGGGGAGAAAGACACAGCAGGCCCUUGCCGCGAGGUGAAGGGUGCCCCCUGCUUCCCUCCUUGCCGGGGUGAACGAGCCCCACCUGCGCAGGGAUUGGGGGUGCCUGGGGCCGCAGCACAACAGGCGAGUGGGGGCGGGUGCUGCGAUCCGCCAUUCCAACCUGCCUCUCCCCUUCAGCUGUGGUGUGAGAGGGUGAAUCCAGAGAACAAGGCGGCGCUGGAGGCGUGGGUCAGGGAGACGGGCAUCCGCCUGGUGCAAGUGAACGGGCAGAGGAAGUAUGGCGGGCCACCCCCAGGCUGGGUGGGCAGCCCGCCGCCGCCCGGGUCGGAGGUAUUUAUCGGUAGGCUGCCCCAGGACGUGUACGAGCACCAACUGAUCCCACUGUUCCAGCGUGUGGGCCGCCUCUACGAGUUCCGCCUGAUGAUGACUUUCAGCGGCCUGAACCGCGGCUUCGCCUACGCCCGCUACAGCUCGCGGCGCGGGGCCCAGGCCGCCAUCUCCACGCUGCACAACCACCCCCUGCGGCCGUCCUGCCCGCUGCUCGUGUGCCUGAGCACCGAGAAGUGCGAGCUGAGCGUGGACGGGCUGCCGCCGUCUCUGACCCGCCGCGCGCUGCUGCUCGCGCUGCAGCCGCUGGGUCCAGGCCUUCAGGAGGCGCUGCUACUGCCCAGCCCCGGGCUGGCGCUCGCGCAGAUCGCGCUGCUCAAGUUCUGCUCGCACCGUGCAGCCGCCAUGGCCAAAAAGGCCCUGAUGGAAGGGCAGUCACGCCUCUGUGGGGAGCAGGUGGCUGUGGAGUGGCUCAAGCCAGACCUGAAGCAGCGACUCCGCCAGCAGCUUGGCCAGCAGCUUGUGGGUCCCUCACUGAGGUGCCUACAGCCAGAAGGCAGCCGAUUGGCCCUGGCUAGGGACAAGCUAGAGUCCCAAGGGGCUCGAGCUGCCUUGCAGCUACUGUGCCAACAGAUGAAGCUAGGUAGCCCAGUGUUCCUCACCAAGUGCUUGGGCACAGGUCCUGCUGGCUGGCACCACUUCUGGUACCAGGUGGUGAUCCCUGGGCAUCCGGUGCCCUUCAGCGGCCUCAUCUGGGUUGUGCUGACCUCAGAAGGGCAGGAUGGGCAUGAGGUGGCCAAGGAUGCUGUGUCUGCACGGCUGCUGGAGGCACUGAGUGAGUCUGGGGCCAGCCUCCUCUCGUCUGCUGGGGCACUGAGUGAGUCUGGGGCCAGCCUCCUGUGGUCUGCUGGAGCUGAGGCAGGUACCAUGGUUAAGCAGUAACCUCAUCCUCUCCACAGGCAGCCUGAACAAAUAGGCAGAGCCUGAGUCCUCAACCCAGCAGGCCUGGGCAGCCACCACCUGAUCCCCAAAAAAGGAGGAGCAUGGGCCCUGCCCUAGGCCUGACACAGCCUCCCAGCUGGGGCACAGCCCCAGGGCACUUGGGGACAGCUCAGAUUUGGCUAAGUUGUGGUGAGGAACCUUGCCCUCCCUCUCCCAGCUGAGU